AAAAUUUACUUAUAUCAGUAGGUUAUAAAAAUAUGUUACACGAAAUUACUUGACGUACGAAGAGGAGUAUAAAAAGAAAAGGCUUUGGAUUGGAUGGCCAGAUGUUGCUAUCUUGUGCUGGGAGCACUGACGUCCUCCGCUGUGCCUGUUGCGUGUCAGGUCCAACUCCCGAAAGCCACAAGAAGUCCGCAAGGCGACAUCAUUUUAUUUUUUAUUUUAUUUUAUCUGUUUCGUGAUGGGCUGAUGGCGGGUCAAGGUUGAAGCCAUCAAGGCAACGUACGCCUAGGAGUGGAGACGACGAGAGUGGAGGAGGGCUGCUGAUGGGCGGAGGAGACGACCGGAGAGCGGCGGCGCUCCAGCGAUCCUCGUCGCCAUGGAGCGUGGGCGAGCGGUGGCGGGCGCACGCCGGGAUGGUCCUCGUCAUGCUCGCCUACAGCGGUUACCACGUCCUCGCCAAGUCCGUCCUCAACGUGGGCAUGAACCAGGUCGUCUUCUGCGUCUACCGCGACCUCCUCGCGCUCCUCGUCGUCGCCCCCGUCGCCUUCCUCCGCGAGAGAAGGGUUAGGCCUCCCGUGACGCCUCAGCUCCUCGCUUCCUUCGCUCUGCUUGGCUUCACUGGGCUGUAUGGGAACCCGCUCCUCUGCCUCGUCGGCCUCCGCUACACAAACGCCUCCUACGCCGCGGCUUUCCAGCCCUCCAUACCAGUGCUCACGUUUCUCUUGGCUGCCAUUGUCGGCUACAGUGUUGAAGCGAUCAGCGUCUUCACCAAGGACGGCAUCCUCAAAGUCACCGGCACGGCCGUGUGCGUCUCCGGCGCCAUUCUGAUGGCCCUGUACCGAGGCCCAUCCUUGAUCGCCCUUCUUAGAAGCAUGCCCACCGCAUGGACGAGCGCUCCCUACCACCCUGCUACCCCCGACUGGUUCACACCAGCCGUGCCCGUGCUCGAGCAGGGUGUAGAAGCAUGGCAGCUUGGCGUCCUGUGCCUCAUAGGAAACUGCCUCUUGGUGGCUGUCUAUCUAGUCGUGCAGGCUCCAGUGAUGAUAAAGUAUCCUGCGAGCUUAUCCGUGACAGCUUACUCCUAUUUUUUCGCCACAACCUUUAUGGUGCUAACUGGAGUAUGCGCGACUAGUGGCUUACACGAGUGGGCACUGACAAAAGCCGAGGUCAUAGCUGUUCUGUAUGCUGGAAUUGUCGCAUCCUGUCUGAGCUACUCGAUCAUGACAUGGGCGAACAAAGUUCUUGGACCUUCUCUGGUCGCCCUCUACAAUCCACUGCAACCAGCCUUUUCCACCGCCCUCUCAACUGUUUUCCUUGGCGACCCAGUUUACCUCGGAAGCGUUAUUGGGGGAGUCUCUAUAAUUGCUGGUCUCUAUCUGGUCAUCUGGGCUCGCUACAAUCAAGGGCAGCGGGCGCCUACGGAUGGUUGUUUGGACCCUCUUAUUAUUGUGGAUAAUCCAAGAAUCCACAAGACACAAGAAAGUCCCUUCGUGUAGAUCCUGAAAAAAAUGUGUGGAUUAUCCACACAUUUGUAUAGGUGGUCUUAAAAGACAGUAUACUUCUAUUUGUUAAACUUCACAUAUGCAUUCAAAUAAACAAGUGGUCAAAGAUUGUAGUGAACCUAGGCUCUAAUUAGAAUUGUAUGUUUUGUAGAACAUUUUUAUAGGCUAUUCACCUAUCUCUAGCCAUCUAGAUCCUAUCAGUCACCCUGUAAAAAUCCAUAUAGUCCUUCAAUCGUUGGAAACAGAUAAGGAUCCAUUUUGACAUAAGGAAGAUGCUGAGGAAACUUUGGUACGUGAAGUUCUCUAUCUCAA